GUGGCCGUUGGUUCCCUCAGCGCGGCGCGAGGACGUGCGCAGUUCCCUCGAGCGGGUGCCUGCCUGAGGAGAUCCGCUGCCGGCCGCCUUUCCCGAGGUCGUCUCCUUUAAAAACUCUUCCCCCUCACGGUCUCCCGAAGUGCCGCUUCCCGCCCCUCGGCUGUGGUGCGGAGCCGGCAGCAGCCCCGCCCCGCCCCGCCGUUUCUGCUCCGCUCGCUGCGUUCUCCCUUGAGCGGCCGCGGUGUUUUUACCUUUUGUUCCCCCUCCGCUGUCCCGAUUACCUCAGCCGCUGCGGGGCUGCCCAUUUUACCCGCGCCGUUACCCCUGUUCUGCAGUACCAUGUUGACUUCCGACAGCUGUCCGCCUCUCGCCAUCCUUUAGGCCGCCGUCCCGCAUGUGGGAGAGGCCUUCGGGCUGCAGUGCCCGAGGAGGGCUGGUAGCGCUCAGCCCUCUCCCUGCAGCCCUCUCCCUGCAGCCCUCUCCCUGCAGCCCUCUCCCUGCAGCCCUCUCCCUGCAGCCCUCUCCCUGCAGCCCUCUCCCUGCAGCCCUCUCCCUGCAGCCCUCUCCCUGCAGCCCUCUCCCUGCAGCCCUCUCCCUGCAGCCCUCUCCCUGCAGCCCUCUCCCUGCCCUGCAGUACCCAUCCCUGCGUUCCAUUCUGGGCACGCUGCUCCGGUCCUUUGGCCCGCCAGGUGUUUUAGCUCAAUUUCUACUUCGAAACUGAUUUUUUUUAUUAUUAUUAUUUUUCCUAUUUGCCAUUUCUGUUGACUGUCGUGCUUUCUCUUCCCUUGACUUCCUUUCCCUUGCUUGAAUGUUGAGGGAUGUUAUAAAGAGCGGAACAGUAAGGCACAAAACUAGCUAUGUAAAACAUGGCUGGUAGUUCCUGCUUUGCUCCAUCUAUGUUAACUGCUGUGUGCAUCCCCAGGUCGGUACAGUCGGUUCAAUGCAGUGGUUUGAUUGGCAGGAAUUGAUGUGCGCCUCUUUACCCUGAGCUGUCCAUUAUAGGCAUUGAAGCGCUCGGGUUCUGGCAGCCAUGGUUCCCCGGUUGGGAUCAUAUCCACAGUAAUGCAGCGCUUCUCCUUUGUACUGCAUCCCCUUUAAAAAGCCCAAAUCUGUCCGUUUUCCAGACAUGCUACGAGGGCAAGCGUACUUUUGUAUUGUUUUGUAUGGUUUUAUUUUGGUCUGUACUAAUUGCUGCUCGGUUGCUUUUAAUUCCUGUAUGCCACAUAUCUGGGAUUGGGGUCAUGUGGGGGAUCUCAGGAAAAGCCCUCGGUGACUGACGGUUAGUGGUGCAGCAAUGAGGCUGUAUGUGAGGAAAUGUUGCGUUACUGAUGCAAAUCGCUCAGGACGGGCAGCAUGAGUGAGAAAAACCUCCGUGCUCUCAGCCCACUCCGGGUACAGUAAACCCGUGGCCGCCCCACCCAUUCCCUAGGCGGCAUGAAACUACAAAUCCCAGCAUGCCAUGGCCGUUAGUCCCGAGGGCUCCGUCCCCGCGGGCGGCGCGUUGGGUGCCGGGAGUUGUAGUGUCGUGGGGGGCGGACGGCUGUUUGAGUGCGUGACGUUCGCUGAGCUCUUCCGGGAGCACGGCGGAGAUUUUCUCCUUUUCAUCGCGAGAUGAGCUGCAUUUCAAACCGGCCAAUCAGAAUGUUGCUAUGGCUCGAACUGGCCAAUGGCAGAGGGAGGGAGCGGGAAAUUUAAAUCCCGCCUGGAGCCGCCGAGGCUUUUUUUCUCCUCAUUUGUCUUCUGAACACUAAGCAAGAUGUCUACUAAUGAGAAUACCAAUACAGCAGCUCGCUUGAACAGAUUCAAAAACAAAGGAAAAGAUACUACAGAAAUGAGAAGGCGGCGUAUUGAAGUCAAUGUAGAGUUGAGGAAAGCUAAAAAAGAUGACCAGAUGCUUAAAAGAAGAAAUGUUAGCACUUUUCCAGAUGAUGCCACUUCUCCCCUUCAGGAAAAUAGGAGCAAUCAGGUUUCUGCACACUGGUCUGUUGAAGAAAUAGUCAAAGGAGUUAAUAGCAAUAAUAUGGAGCUUCAAUUGCAGGCUACUCAAGCUGCCAGGAAACUCCUUUCAAGAGAGAAGCAGCCCCCCAUAGACAACAUAAUUCAGGCUGGUUUGAUUCCAAAAUUUGUCUCCUUCUUGAGUAGAGCAGACUGUAGUCCUAUUCAAUUUGAAUCUGCCUGGGCGCUUACCAACAUUGCUUCUGGCACAUCAGAGCAAACCAAGGCGGUAGUAGAUGGUGGGGCUAUUCCAGCCUUUAUUUCACUUCUGGCCUCUCCUCACAUUCACAUCAGUGAACAAGCUGUGUGGGCAUUAGGAAAUAUUGCAGGGGAUGGUUCUAUCUACAGGGACCUAGUUAUUAAAUUUGGUGCAAUUGAACCACUGCUGACUCUACUAGCUGUUCCUGAUCUCUCCUCUCUGGCUUCUGGAUAUUUACGCAAUGUUACCUGGACCCUCUCAAACUUGUGUCGUAACAAGAAUCCUGCACCACCCAUAGAAGCUAUUGAGCAGAUUCUUCCAACUCUUGUCCGACUCUUGCAUCAUGAUGAUCAUGAGGUGUUAGCAGACACAUGCUGGGCACUCUCCUAUCUAACAGAUGGUUCCAAUGACAGGAUAGAAGUUGUUGUGAAAACUGGAUUGGUGCCACAGCUUGUCAAACUGCUGGGAUGUGGUGAACUGCCAAUAGUGACUCCUUCAUUGAGAGCCAUAGGAAAUAUUGUUACUGGUACUGAUGAGCAGACACAGAUUGUUAUUGAUUCAGGAGCCCUGUCUGUCUUUCCAAGUCUCCUAUCUCAUCAUAAAAACAACAUUCAAAAAGAAGCCGCCUGGACAAUGUCCAACAUCACAGCUGGACGUCAGGACCAGAUUCAGCAAGUUGUAGAUCAUGGCCUUGUGCCUUAUCUCAUUGGUAUUCUGAGAAAGGGAGACUUCAAAUCUCAAAAAGAAGCUGUGUGGGCUGUAACUAACUACACAAGCGGUGGAACAAUUGACCAGAUUGUGUAUCUUGUUCAGGCUGGUGUUGUUGAACCUCUACUGAAUCUCCUUACCGCUAAAGACAGCAAAACUGUGCUAGUAAUUUUGGAUGCUGUUUCUAAUAUCUUCCUGGCUGCUGAGAAGAUAAAUGAGACUGAGAAACUUUGCCUCAUGAUUGAGGAGUGUGGAGGUCUAGACAAAAUUGAAGCUCUUCAGUCACAUGAAAAUGAACAGGUGUACAAGGCCUCAGCCACCCUGAUUGAAAAAUACUUCUCAGCAGAAGAGGAGGAGGACCAGAGUGUUGUACCAGAAUCUACUGCUGCUAGCUAUACUUUCCAAAUUCAGGGCAAUGCUCCUGAUACUUUCAACUUCUAGGCACUGCAUACACUGCAACUACCUACAAGCCAUUUGGCAUACAAAUGGCUGCCACUUCUGUGUCUUAAUAGCCCCUCUUUUUUUUUUUGUGACUUCUAGCACUUUGUCCAACUGAAACAUACUUGAACAGUUCAAAACUGUACAUAUGUGAAUUUUUAACUGUUGAAUUCAUUCUGACAUUCUUGUAAAUACAUCUUCUCACUUCUGUCUUCUGGCCUUUUACUGUCUCUGUCUUGCGUAAGAAUGCAAGUAGGUAAUAUGAGCUUCUAAGUGUAACCCCUUGCUCUGUGUAACAUAUUACAAUCAAAACACUGAGUAAGCUUUUAAGGAGCAUUCAUUUCAAGUUCAAUAAAGUGUUAACAGUACAUCAAA